AUGGACCGAGGCGCUGGGCUGGAGCCCCAGGCAGGAGAGCCGCAGGAAGCGCGCGCCAGGGUAGGAGCUGUCCAAGAGAAGUGUGAACCCGAGUCCUUCAGGUCCCAGAGUUUACCCGCCCUGAACAGCGCCUCCUGCCCGCCAGACCUGAGUCCCGCGAGUGAAGAAGGCUCCGAGCCCGCCCCCAGCCAUCAGGAGUUGAAGUCAGACCCCUACCCGCCGGCCCCCAGCCCCUCCGCCCCGUCUACUUCGGCAGAGACGGCAGGACUGGCGGAACGUCGCCACGGGGUGGAAAUCGCCAAAACCAUGUCGGUGUCCUCCACUCUGGCCAUGCUCCAGGGCAGAAGGUGCCUCUACGUGGUCCUCACCGAUUCCCGUUGCUUCCUGGUUUGCAUGUGCUUUUUAACCUUCAUCCAGGCGUUGAUGGUCUCCGGGUACCUGAGCAGCGUCAUCACCACCAUCGAAAGGCGCUACAGUCUGAAGAGCUCCGAGUCGGGGCUGCUGGUCAGUUGCUUUGACAUUGGGAGCCUGGUGGUGGUGGUGUUCGUCAGCUACUUCGGCGGCCGGGGACGGCGGCCCCUGUGGCUGGCCGUGGGGGGUCUCCUCAUCGCUGUGGGGGCUGCCCUCUUCGCCUUACCUCACUUCAUCUCGCCGCCCUACCAGAUCCAAGAGUUGAACGCCUCCGCCUCCAACUAUGGCCUGUGUCAAAACGGCAACUCCUCGGUCAAGGUGGAGCCUCCCACCUGCCUGAAGGACUCGGGUGGCAACGACCACUGGGUCUACGUGGCUUUAUUCGUGUGCGCACAGAUUCUCAUUGGAAUGGGCUCCACACCUAUUUAUACCCUGGGACCAACCUACUUAGAUGACAAUGUCAAGAAAGAAAACGCAUCGUUGUACCUAGCCAUCAUGUAUGUCAUGGGAGCACUCGGUCCUGCAGUGGGAUAUUUACUAGGUGGACUUCUUAUUGGUUUUUAUGUUGAUCCCAGAAAUCCUAUUCACCUUAACCAGGAUGAUCCUCGUUUCAUUGGAAACUGGUGGAGUGGAUUCCUCCUUUGUGCCAUUGCAAUGUUUCUUGUGAUAUUCCCAAUGUUUACUUUUCCAAAAAAGCUUCCGCCUCGACACAAGAAAAAGAGAAAGAAAAAAUAUUCCACGGAUGCUUCUGGUGAUGAUGACGUUAUGAAGGAGAAACCAGACAGUUGUGAACAAGUGGACAAAAAAGUUUCUCCUAUAGGAUUUGGGAAGGAUGUCAGAGACCUACCAAGAGCAGCUGUCAGGAUCUUAAGCAACAUGACAUUCCUUUUUGUGAGUUUGUCAUACACAGCUGAGAGUGCCAUUGUAACUGCUUUCAUUACCUUCAUCCCCAAGUUCAUCGAGUCACAGUUUGGUAUUCCAGCUUCCAAUGCCAGCAUCUACACUGGUGUCAUAAUUGUCCCUAGUGCUGGUGUUGGCAUUGUCCUGGGAGGCUACAUUAUAAAAAAACUGAAGCUUGGUGCAAGAGAAUCCGCGAAACUAGCAAUGAUCUGCAGUGGUGUGUCUUUACUGUGCUUUUCAACCCUGUUUAUCGUUGGAUGUGAAAGUAUCAAUCUAGGGGGCAUAAACAUCCCCUACACGACAGGACCUUCUCUGACCAUGCCACAUAGGAAUCUGACAGGAAGCUGCAAUGUUAACUGUGGUUGUAAAACACAUGAAUAUGAGCCAGUCUGUGGAUCGGAUGGAAUUACAUACUUUAACCCUUGUCUGGCUGGCUGUGUUAAUAGUGGGAAUGUGAGCACCGGGAUGCGAAACUACACAGAAUGCACCUGUGUCCAGAGCCGCCAGGUGAUCACGCCACCCACAGUGGGACAGCGCAGCCAGCUCCGAGUGGUUAUCGUCAAGACGUACCUCAAUGAGAACGGCUACGCUGUGUCCGGGAAGUGUAAACGGUCCUGUAACACCCUCAUCCCAUUCUUAGUUUUUCUGUUCAUAGUGACCUUCAUCACAGCAUGUGCCCAACCGUCAGCCAUCAUAGUAACACUCAGGUCUGUAAAAGAUGAAGAGAGGCCUUUUGCCCUGGGAAUGCAGUUUGUUUUAUUGAGAACACUUGCAUACAUUCCGACUCCAAUUUACUUUGGAGCAGUUAUUGACACCACCUGCAUGCUCUGGCAACAGGAGUGUGGAGUGCAAGGCUCUUGCUGGGAGUACAAUGUCACGUCAUUUCGUUUCGUCUAUUUUGGUUUAGCAGCCGGCCUCAAAUUUGUUGGCUUUAUAUUUAUUUUUCUGGCCUGGUACUCCAUUAAAUACAAGGAGGAGGAACUGCAGAGGCAGAGGUGGAGAGAGUUCCCUCUGAGCACUGUGAGCGAGACGGUGGGCCGCCCCGACAGUGCCAAUAAGGCUGCUCGGACUAGAUCUUGUCCCGCUUUCAGCACCCAGGGAGAAUUCCACGAAGAGACUGCUCUGCAAAAAGGGAUCCAGUACUCGGCACAGACCUAUCCGGGGCCAUUCCCAGAAGCAAUAAGUUCCUCCCCAGACCUGGGGCUGGAAGAAAGCCCUGCGGCCAUGUAGCCUCCCUCCUGAAGCUUGAAAAUGGAAGACUUUGGUUUUGUUGGUUGAGUUGAAUAUGGCGACUUGAGAAACACCCGUGCCUUCUUUUCUUUCUUUUUUUAACCUCUAAAGACACAAUCCUCAAACCAACAAAACUCACUAUACACAGCCACUGUUGAUUGAGGGCUGGAUACCUCAACAAGAAUGAGCCUUUCCUCCUCUCCAAGGAGGAGUUUAGAUAGAUUUGUUACUGUUUCUGAGAUGUUAAUUUGACGCUCAUGCUUUGAUAUGGUAGAAGGUUGGGUGCGUGGUUAACAAAAUCUUGGGAAGUGUAAUGGCAGUGCAUAUCAUUAGCAUACUCUCCGAACAAGGGUGAGCUUGACCGUGACUUUGCAUUUACAAAUCAAGGUUUUUAGAUAUGAACAACUACUGUGAGUUCUGCUACAAAGCACAAAUGAAUUUGCCUCAACUAUGCAAUUUGAUUGGAAAAUAUAAGUGCAGCAUGUUACUUUUGCUUUCAGAGACUAAAGCAGAUAGUUUUUUUGAAAAGAGGAAGCUAAACUUUCCCUAAAGUACUGUUCAUAGCUUUUUAAGCCAUAGCAGAAUUAAAAAUCAGGUAGAACUUCUUAAAUGCUUCACCAGAACCAUAAGCAUAGCAUGAGAAAGGGAACAGCUAGUUUGUUCAUAAGACACAUUCUCUUGUAGUCUGUCUGUCCCACUAUAAAGGAAGCUGCUGAGUCAUGAACCUGAGAGCUUGAAUAUAAACUACAGGAGUCUUUCAUAAGGGACUUUAACACUCGUGUGCUAAACAAUAUGGCUAGAAACUGUCAUUUGAGAUGCAUAAUAAGAAAAGAAACUGAUGGCUUUCUCAUCCAAAGAAAAUUGCUGCAGAAAUUCUUUAGCUUUUAAGGGCCCAUGUAAGGGUUGUUGAGAAUUGUAACCUUGACACUCAAAGGAGUUGGAAAAAAGCAAUCCCACAGAAGUAAGAUUGAGUCUCACCUGAUCAUUUUAGUUAUAUCCCUGGAAGCACUAGCAGGUCUGUAGUUUUCUUUUUUAUGUGCAGAGAAUUGCUGUGGCGGUUGUGAAAAUGGAGUCAUUUAAUCAGGAAAGCUCUGCCUGUGGCGUGAAAUCCAUGUUGAACAAAGGAGGGAGAUCUGAGAGCCAGAGCUUGUGAUGAUCCUAAGUAAAGGUUGAAAAUGAUUUAAAAUAAACUGGCCUGUCAUACUGAAUCCUACCGUAUCAGAGUUAGAACCAUUUCAUACCUCCCUUUAGUUUCUAUUGUAACUUUCCUGAAGUGAUUUUGCGAGAGGAUUUUUCUGUUCCUAAAGCACUUGGGGUUCAACAGCCACCAUCCUUUUCAGUACCUCUCAGCACAUCACUUUGAUUUAGAUCCACAUGGAAUGUUUUCUAUGUGGUUCUGAAGGAAGGUGCCUCCUGAUAGCAAUAUAAACUGAGGCGAGUUAACCUGUGGAAUUUGGCUGCCCAGAAAAAGAAUUAUGACAACUCAGACUUAGGAGGGACUGUAAUGUACAAAUAUCAAUAUGAUGGAGAACAGAAACAGCCAAGGAGCCUAGGCUUAUGUGAAGCUGAUUUGGGAAAUGAUUCUCUUGUCUCAUUUACACUCUUCAGUAGAAGGAAUGUGAUUGACCCAUGAUUCCUGGCUUUUUUGCCUCUAUCCAUGGCUGCAUGGGUGGAGUUGUGUGAAUAUUCCUGGUCCAAGAUUGUUUUCUUCUGUAACUUAGGAAUGGUGUUGGUCAAAUGGUUCUCUUGGUUGCAGGCAGUUUAUGGAAAGGUUCUCUAUAGGGUGGAGUUGGCAGUUAGACUAAAUAAUGUCUACAGGGUGGAGUUGGCAGUCCGGGGUGACAAGGACUUCCUUAGAGCAGACUUGUUUGGCUAAGUCAUAAGAAGCAUCAUUGCCUGUAAUUACACUGUGUCUGUCAAACUUUGGUCAACUUGGUGUAUUUCGAAGAUCUUCAGAGAAUACUGCUUUAUGUCUUUGAGUCUACUCUGGGGCCUUUGUGAUCCCCCUCACCCUUUGUGGGAGAUCUUUGAUCCUUUACAAGAGAAAGUUUCUUAUUGGCUUGGAGCAAAACAUAGGUAGAUUGGGAAGAGAUGUGAUUAUCUUCUAAAUUUUCCUCUGAUUAUUAAGAAACAUUGAGAGAAUUUGGGAAGGUUGGCACUUCUUUUUUUUUUUUUUUUUGUAGCUAAGAUUGUGUGUUUCAACACUCUUAGAAUUUCUCUCUUCCUGUUAUCACAUUUUGAAAAGGAGCACUGCCCUUAGAAAUCUAUGAUCAGAAAUGAUGGUAUAAGAAAUCAGGUAUAAAUAGAGAUCCCUCCCUGUCUUUACCUUGGAGAUUCAUUCAGUUCAGCCAUCACUGAGUGUCAUUUCCUUAUCAAAAGCUAUUUUACCCAGUUACCAUCUGCCAAUCUAUGAAAUCCUUUGGGUUGAUUGCUACUGCUGCUAAGUCACUUCAGUCGUGUCCGACUCUGUGCGACCCCAUAGACGGCAGCUCACCAGGCUCCCCCGUCCCUGGGAUUCUCCAGGCAAGAACACUGGAGUGGGUUGCCC